AUGAUUUCUGAUCAAUUAAGAACAAGCCAAGGGCCUUUAGCUCGUGUCUGGUUAGCGUCUCAUUGGGAGAGAAAGAUCUCCAAGUCUCAAUUCUUACAAACCAACCUUGAGAAGACCAUUGACGCCAUCACUACAAACCAACAAUCAGAACCUAUUGCACUCCGCUUAUCAGGACAGUUGUUGCUUGGUGUUGUUCGUAUUUAUUCAAGAAAGACUAGAUAUCUUUUGGAAGAUUGUAAUGAAGCACUUGUGAAGAUUAAAUUAGCUUUUAAGAAGGGCGAUGUCAACAUGCCAGAUAUCCACCAAUCUGUUGCUAAUGCCAACACCAUUACUUUGCAAGACAAAUUAACUGAAUUUGAUAUCUUGCUUCCCGAUCUCCCAUUCAACUCCAAUAACAACUUGACUGAAAUCGACCCUAUCUUUGAUAGCAUUGGAUCCAUGUCUAUGUCCCAAGAUAUUACUUUAGGUGAUAUGCAAAGUGGUUUCGGAAACUGGCCACUUGAAGGAGGACGUUUCGAUGGCGGCGGUGUUGAAGCUGGUCGUCGUGAUAAUGGUGCUACGGCCGACAAUGCUUUCAAUUUACAAGAAUUGGAAGAUCCUCUCAACAACUUGAAACUUGGUGAUGAUCAUGAUAAUAGAAGUAUUAACAACAAUGCCGUUGACUUUGAUUUCGAUUUAAAUGAUAAUAUUGAUUAUGGCAUGGAUGAUAAUAUGUUUAAUGGAGAUCGCGAGUUUGACAAUCGUGAUGCUUCUCUUGACACGCUCAAGGAUAUUGGUAUUGUCGAGGACGAAAAUAUGUUUGAUUUGGAUAGUGCCAUGGCCGAGCCUGCUGUUCGUAGACGUAAGAGAUUGGUUGUGGAUCAAAUCACGGAAAUUCCUCAAGAAGAUCUUCGUAGAUACGUGAAUGAUGCUUCUCCUCUUGUUAAUACCAGGGAAACAAACACUGAACCCGUUACCAAAAGUAAGAACGUUAUUAACUUGGUCCAACCUUCUGGUGAAUCACUUGGUUCUGACUUGGAGUCCAUGUUCACUCGUAUGAGCAACAAGCGUCGUGCACCUGCCAUUAUGAGUGAAGCACAAAAGCAAGCUCGUUUCGAUGAUCCCUUUGCUACUACCACCACUCCUGCUGCUGCCCCUACUUCAGCCUUCCACUUUGAUGAUGAUGGAGGAGAUUUUGGAGAUGACGCUGUCUUUGAUGCUGCUGCUGCUGCCCAAUAUACUGUAAGUCCAUGA